AGGAGCGUCGUGUUUACCCCAUCAGCUGAUGCUCAGCUGAGUGCGAGAUGAGGCACUCUCGCCUGCUUGUACUCUUAACUCUCUCACAUGAACCACGUGUGUGUGUGCUAGCUCAUAGUCAUAGCUUCAGCUGGUGAUGGACACUUGACGGGGAAUAAAUAGUCUGCUGUUAUUAUUGUGAUAUGAAGAAGUCGGCGGAUGGACAGAAGAAAGUGAGCCUUAAGAACUCGCUUUCUCUUUUAAGUGUUGAUCGAGCUGCUGUACUGGCAAAGUUUCAUGUGCUAGUUGAAGACAUUUGAUAAACUAAGCAUCUAGAAAUGAGUGGAGAAAAAUCAUUCACUCUAAAUGUCAGUUCUAAGGUUGCUUUGGCUGCAGCCCUGGGUGCUGGGAUGGUAGUGGGAGCAGGUACAGCAUACCUCGUCACCCGCAUCAAUGAGCACACUCGUCUCACGCAACAAAUUUCCAGUCUCCAUGCCACUAUCUUAGAAGUAAAAAGGGAUAUUGCUUCAUUAGAAACAGAAUUUGAUAAAGCUUACAGUUGCACCGAAUUUUCUUCACCUCGAUCUUCUUCAUUCCGAAAGAAAACUGUAAGUUUCAGCAGUACGACCACCUCCAGCAGCUAUAAAACAGCUCACGAGUAUGACACGGACAAUAGCAAGGCUACUGACACAGAUUACUACUCUCCUGAUGAGGAUGAAGAUGAAUUCUUUGACCUGACACCAGAAGAUGGAGAUGAAGGAAUCAUUUUUGGAGGAAAUGGCACUAAUGAAAGGGAACAACUCGAAUCUUUGUCAACAGAAGAUAAUCGUCUGUGCCAUCUCCUUGAGCAGGUAGAUGCACUUAGUGAUGGCACAGGAGAUGAUCAAACACAAGCCUUUAACUUGCUGAAAAGUGAGGAAGAAUUAUACCUGGAUAAUGCAGAAUUCCUGUGGAGACUCGCUAAAGCAACAAAAAAUCAGGCCAUUAUUCAAGAAAAAUUUGGGAAUGAGAAGGCUAAGGAAAACUUAAUAUUUGAUGCCUACAAUUAUGCAGCAAAAGCACUUGAGCUGGAUGAGAAUAAUGCUGAAAUUCACAAGUGGUAUGCAAUACUUGCUGGUGCUCGUGGAGAAUACUUAGGUAUAACAGAACGUGUUAAAAGUGGCAACAUCUUCAAAAACCACAUUGAUCGUGCACUGGAGCUUAAACCUAAAGACUCUACUUUACACCAUCUGCUUGGACGUUUUUGUUUUGAGGUGUCACAACUGUCGUGGCUCGAGAGAAAAGCAGCAACGGCACUGUUCGGUGAAGUCCCAUCAUCUACCUAUGAAGAAGCGCUUCGCCACUUUUUAGCAGCCGAGGAAUUAAAAUCAUCCGGAUGGAAAGAGAAUCGUCUCUUUGUUGCCAAAUGCCACAUUCAAAUGAGCAAUUAUUCAGCUGCAAGUACUUGGCUAGAACGAGCAUCCAAAGCACCUGUUGUAACUCCUGAUGAUGAGAUUGUACAGAAUGAAGUUUGGGUGCUGCAGCAGAAAUAUUCAUGAAAGAAAUCAGCUGAAGAAAGAAAUAUGCUGUGCAAAGUAUUUAUUUGGAUUUUUCACAUAUAUAUUGUUCCAUUGAUAUUUGAUACUAUGCAAGAAGGCAUUCCUGGAGACCCUAUACAUUAUAUUGCAUAACCUGUUAUGGAUAAAAUAUAAUUUUAUAACAAAAGAAUUUUGUUAUAAACAACAUUUUACAUGGAAUAAUGAAUUAGGGUGUUGUUCUCUAAUUAUUACAAAGUAACAUAACUUGUGCUGUGAUUGGCUGUUGGUAUAGCUUUUUGUUAUCUUUGUUAUUAUUGGCUAACAGUUUCAGAGUUACAGAUUAUACGUCCAUCACCUACACAUUAAAUACCAGUGAAUCUGUCUGCUAAUCUUUCCCAAAAACUUUACUUCUGGGGGAGUCCCAUGUAGCUCCCUGAAGCUAAAAUGCUAUUUGCUGAGACAGCUCAUCCUCCUACAGUAUUUAGAUGGCACUUAUACAGUAGUACGAUGUGGCCCAUCAUACAUAUAUUGAUGUAAUGGACAAUGAGAAAGAAGAAUUUGGUAUUACUGAAUUUACACAAACCAGAAAAAGUUUUGCAUCAAUGUUGUUAACUAAACAUAACCAUCUUAGUCCUAAUACAUGCUAUCUAAGGUCUAACAUAGUACUGUACAUAUAUGUACUCUGUUAGGUCUAGGAAUAUUUAAGUUUGGUUUUUGGUUUUAUUUUUUCUGGACUCUUUUAAAGUGAAUAAUAUCAAAUUCUACUAUCUAAUUGUCCAAUAUGUUAAUAUAUGUAUGAUGGUCCACAUAGUUACAAAAAGUGCUGUCUAAACAAGAGGAUGGGUUGGCUGAGAUGGUUACCAUCUACUUGGUUAUGUCAGUCAUAAAGUUCUAGAGGCCUACUGGGGACUGGAGCCAGAAUCCGGGCCCCUCCCUCACAAAGGCACAGAGGACUAAUGACACUUAUUUUUGCCACCACACUGGGGAAGACAUCCUGAAAAUCGGUGAACCAAAACAAACCACUGCUGGAUUCAAAAGAGAACGAAACCUCAAAACCAGCUGACACCCCCCCCCCCCCCACCCCAACUAUGCAAACAAAUUAUCAAAAUCUAUCAGAACCACUCCAAGCUUGUUUGCCCCACUCUUUUGAGGGAAAGAGAGAGGCAGCCCACUGCCAGCAAGUGUCCCAAGCCUCGGCUCUCUUGUGUGGCCUUGGGUUGCUCUCUCAGUCAGGAGUCUCAUUCUUAUCCUACUGUGCUCCCUCCUCCCUGGUAUGUUCACACGUUUUCUUCCUUUUCUGUGGGUAGUUAGCUAAAGGGAGCCACAAGGAACUCCCAUCAGAAAAUAGUUUAAGGUUUUAAUAGGACUGAAGGUUUCAUCUCAUUUUGAAUCCAGCAGUGGUUUGUUUUGGCUCUCAAAUUUUCUGGAUGCUUUUCCUGGUGUGGGGGCAAAAAUAAAUGUCACCGCUCCCUGCACCUCCAUGAAGGGGGCGGGAUUCUGAAUCUAGUGCUCAGUAGGCCUCUAUUGCUGGUAUAACUCAGUAGAUGGGAACCAUCUCAGCAUAUAUUACAGGGAGCCACCAGCAUUCACCCAGAAAUUCACAUUUCAUUACAUUUGAUGCUGGUUUUUUCAUGCUUUUUUCACUCUUCAUAACUCCAAAAAAAUUUACUAUAAGCAAAUAGAGAGAGAGUGGGCUGGAACAGAGGGUAAUAUGUGUAUGUAUGUAGUUGGGCUUUAAUAUUGGGUGAGUUAAAGCUCAUGAAUGUUGUAAAUUUGUUAGUUCCUCAUUUUUAUUAACUAUUAUCUUGCCCAUUGUAUUCUUUAUUAUCUAAUCGAUGAUUAUUCCCUUAAAAAUAUUUUUAAGAUUUCUAAAUACUGUACAAUAAUAUGAAUGGAAGGAGGGAGGAUUCCCUCCAUCCACCUUCAUGUACUUUAAACUAUUCGUAUACUCAGAAAUCAGUUUUUCUUCUAAGCUAUAAAUUUGUUAAGAGAUAGUUUAAAUAAACAUGCAGGAUAAUGAAAUUUAAUAAAAACUUGGAAGAAGAGAGAGACUAAUGCAGCUAAAACAUUACGAUGCUACAAAUGUAAUAAAGCCAUACUCUGCCUGUGGUCGUAUUGAAAUUAUAAUACACACAGUUUUUCCUUCUUUUAAUAAUUAAAUAUCUUGCAUAUUUGAUUUAGUAUUUAAUAAAGUUUUAAUCUGUAA